AUGGCAGCUGAAGUUGCCAAGGAAGAGGAGAGACUGACGAAGUUGAAAAUCGUAAGCAAAACCCAUGUGAAGCCCAACAAAACAUUAGGAAGAAGAGAAUGUCAAUUGGUUACAUUUGACCUUCCUUACAUAGGUUUCUACUACAAUCAAAAGUUGUUAAUGUACAAAGGGUGUGGUUCUGAUUUUGAGGACAUGGUGGAGAGAUUGAAGGAUGGGCUUGGGGUUGUUUUGGAGGAUUUUUAUCAAUUGGCUGGGAAGUUAGUAAAAGACGAGGAUGGUGUAUUCAGGGUGGAGUAUGACGACGACAUGGACGGUGUGGAGGUGGUGGUGGCAGCUGCGGAGGAGAUCCACGUGGCAGAUUUAAUGGUGGAUGACAGCACCAGCGUGGGGAGCAGCAAGUUGAAAGAGCUGCUGCCGUACAAUGGAAUCUUGAAUUUGGAGGGGCUUCACCGACCGCUGUUGGCCGUGCAGCUAACCAAGUUGCGAGACGGCCUUGCAAUGGGGUGUGCAUUCAACCACGCGAUACUAGACGGGUCAUCCACGUGGCACUUCAUGAGGUCAUGGGCCGAGAUCUGCACUGGGUGCCAAACCAUCUCGGUCCCACCUUUUCUGGACCGCUCCAAGGCCCGAAACACGCGCGUGGUGCUCAACCUCUCACCCCCUUCCCACGACCCCACCAUUGCCAAUACACCGGACCCACCACUCAGAGAGAAGAUCUUCAAGUUCUCGGAGUCAGCAAUUGUCCAGAUCAAGUCAGAAGUCAACAACAACUUAUCCGACGGCUCAAAACCCUUCUCAACAUUCCAGUCCCUGUCAUCGCACUUGUGGAAAGCCAUCACACGUGCCCGCCAGCUGAAGCCGGAGGACAUCGCUGUCUUCACAGUCUUCGCUGAUUGCCGGAAAAGGGUGGACCCCCCGAUGCCGGAAAAUUACUUUGGAAACCUCAUUCAGGCCAUAUUCACCGGCAUGGCAGCAGGGUUGUUGGUGGCGAAUCCGCCGGAGUUCGGUGCCGGGUUGAUACAGAAAGCCAUAGAGAUGCAUGACUCGAAAGCCAUCGAUGCGCGGAACAGUGAGUGGGAGAGCAACCCUAGGAUAUUUCAGUACAAGGAUGCCGGAGGAAACUGUGUGGCGGUGGGGAGCUCGCCGAGGUUUAAGGUUUACGAGAUGGAUUUCGGGUGGGGGAAGCCGGAGAGUGUGAGGAGUGGAUUUAACAACAGGUUUGAUGGGAUGGUGUAUCUGUAUCAAGGCAAGAGUGGUGGGAAGAGCAUUGAUGUGGAGAUCAGCUUGGAAGCUAAUGCUAUGGAGUACUUGGAGAAGGAUAAGGAGUUUCUCAUGAUCCAAGCUUAGAACAACUGCUUGGCUAUCUAUAUCUAUAUCUAUAUCUAUAUCUAUAUAUUUGUAUGUAUUGCUAUUUAUUAUCAUAUCCGUCGAGAGUUUGCCUUUGUUUUCUUUGUUGUGUUAUCUAUUAUAACUAGAAUAUAUGUUGAAAUAAAAAUAAAAAAACUGUAAGGUAAAGUUUGGGUCCUUUUAA